AAUUAUUAAACAAAAACAAAAUACUACUUCGAGUUUUCCACUAAUUAAUCAACUACCGCUAUUCUUACUUUCUUUUUGUUUUGUCAUCAACAUUCUGGAUUCAUCUGAAGUUUACAGAAAUUCUUAUUAGCAGCAGGUAUCUUAAGAUUCUUUCAAGAUACCUCUUCUUCCAGGUAUGGCCACUCGAAACAAAGGCGAGUUGUGUCAUCUUCAUUGGACAGACCAUGAAUCACUUCUUCGAGGAGUCUGCAACAAUCUCUUAACCACAGAAAAGUUUGCUGAUGUCACGUUAUUUUGUGAUGGUGUUGGCAUUAAGUGCCAUAAAUUCAUGUUGUCUGCUUGCAGCCCAUACUUUGAUCAGAUAUUUUCUGAAUCACCCUGUUCACAUCCCAUUAUUAUUCUAAGAGAUGUAUGUUAUUGGCAAAUGCAAGCCUUGUUGCAUUUCAUUUACAAAGGAGAGCUAAACACUGAUGAAGCUAAACUUGCUAGUUUAGUGGAACUGGCCCAAUCACUGCAAAUAAAAGGCAUAGGUGAAUUCAGAACAACUUCAUAUGAAGUGAACACUGCUACAGCAGAAGAAAGACAGAAAAGAAGAUCAUCAGUUUCAAGUGAAGUAACAAAUCACACAGAAAACAUAAAAAGUUACCUGUCAGUAGAAGACCAUACCAAUACGUUAUCUGGCAGAUUAAAUGCUUUACCUAAAGAAAGCAGUGAACUUCUUGAAAAUUCACUCUCAGUUCAGCUUGAUGCAUCUGACUUCAGUUUACAAGAGACAGGGCUUUGCCUGGACCUUUUUAGAAGUUGAAUACAAUUUCGAAUCUGACCCUCUUGGAGACAAUCAACCUAUGACGACGGCCAUGCACGAGCCCAUCUUGGAAUAUCCAGAAGAAUCAAGUACGGAUCCCGCCCCGCAGAAAAAACGCUGUCUCCCCUCUAACUAUGUUACUGAUAGCGACGCCGAUGCGACUAGUGAUGUUUCGGUUCCGGUAACUGCUACUGCAGCCUACAAGCGUUACACCGAUGCACAACUCUCCUCUGCCAUCCAAGCAGUAGUUGAGGAAGGAAUGAAACAAGUUGAUGCGUGCAUCAAAUACGGGAUCCCAUUUACUACACUUGCUCGCAAACUGAGCGUUUAUCGAACAGGUGGUGGCUGCUUGCGUCCUGCUACGUCAAAAAAGAAGAGAAGUUCUUGUUCAUCAAAUGUAUCAGUGGCUUCAGUUUUAUCCAUAGAAACCGACUUGGAAAGUACAGGGAAUAUCGAAAAUGCAUCAACAAAUGAUGGAGUAGUGCUCGUCAUUGAAGAUCCUUUCGACGUGUUGCCGACAGAGGUGAAUUCCAAGAAUGUGCCGUCCUUAAAACAUUAUAAAACUUACCCUGAAAAGAAUUUAAAAGCAGCCAUUAAUGAUGUUUUGCACAAAGGAAUGCGUGUGCAAGAAGCUAGUAAAUAUUAUAAAAUUCCGGUGUCGACGUUGGCCCGCAAAAUACGUUCUCACAAACCAAACGACCACCAACAUCUGCAAACGACGAUGUCUUUCGAUGUUCAUCCGAAUUAAUGAUGGAAAAGGCGCAUAACUGAAAAAACAUCUAACACGCACUCCGACGAAUGACUGGACUCCAGGGGUCAUGCGUCGAAGACCAUCGUGAAACGGACUGGCAUUCCGAUCGUUCCUAAAUGUGAAAUUCGCGCCAUCCGUAUGAAAGGGUUCAGUGGGACAGUGUCGCAAGAUUUCGGCUAGGCAUUCAUCACAGAAGUGAAAGUAUAGCGCCCAUUGAGACACACAGAAGUAAGGAUACUGCGCGCUUCCUACAGGCAAAAGCUCUUUAGCACCGAUUGAUACAAACUCCAUUCAAAUCUGCAUUUUAACAGAGACCUUCGUAGGCGCUUAAGGCGCCAUCAGCUUCGAAAUGGCCAGCUGGGGCGUUAUAAAUAUAUGCAGAUAGUCCGUGGUAUGUAUUCAAAUUCCCUAUCCGUCGGAAUUUUGAUUUCGACAGAUGUUUGAAGAUAUAUACAUACCAGAUCGAUUCACAUCAAAGGAUUUUCGAAGAGCCUAAAGUGGAGCUGAAGCAACAACCGUAUUUUAUUCUCGUGUUACUUCUGAGACCUGUGACAAAAGAAUGGCGACCGGCCAAAGAAUCCCCAAGUCCGUUUAAUCUGAGGCAACUUUUGUGGUGUCUAUCUUGGCAUUCUCCAGCUCCUCGAUGCAUCCAUCGGUGGGAAAUGAGCCAAACCUUUUGAGGGAGCUGCUGGAGGGGAAUAGUGAGCGGGGUAGUAAAGCAAAAGAACAAGAAAAAAAAAACGAAAACAAAGCUCAGAUGUCUUUCAAUCCGAAUCCUACCAGGAAUUGGGCCAAAUUGUUGACUAUGCCUUGCAAAAAGAUCACGAAGUUCUAGGCAACAAGGGCAAAAAAUUCCAAAACGAAAAAAACCAAAACGAAGUAGCAGACGGAUAAGCUCAUGACUAAAAGACGAACAUUGCGCUGGCGAGAGGAAAAGGAAGUGAAUGAACUCGGACGUGUUGUCCGAUCACACGGCGAAGAGAGCGUUUACUCGAAAAAGAGGAUCCGCCAGUUUCUCUCGCUUACUGUAAAUCAAAACGACCAAAAAUAGCCGGAAGCUGCUGGCCUCAUAGUCCGUCUUUCGAGACGCGUAUCAUCAGUCGCUAUGGUCUAAAGAAACGGAGAGUAAAAGGAAAGAAGAUAAAAUAGGAGGAGAAGAGGAAGAAGAAGAAAUUUUCGUGUCUAUUUUCGAGAGGCUUUCCCUCUGCUCAUGGGUAAGACGGAAAGAGCGGCGAUCCAAUAUUUUGGGGCGAGUGAUCGUCCAGUUUAACGGACGGUUCGGGACGGAAUGUGAGCGUGCCCGAUAUUCCUAAUCUUUAUGGUAGUGCAAAAAGGGAGAAAGAAAGUAAGUCUAUAGGACUUCGCAACACUCGAAAUGGGAAUUGUCAUAGAAUUGAAGCUAGAGCAGCUGAUACGCAGCUUGGCGGGCUAGAAUAAUAGAAAUGGCCGCUUGAUCGGACGAGAUAAUGUGAGAAGACUGUACGGAAUGUAACUGCAGUCGUGGGAGAGCAAGAGAGAGAGAGAGAAGGAGAAAAAAAGGAAAAAGGGAGACAGACAGCAGGAGCACGAGCGAUAAGAAGGAAACGUAACCGUGCCGUGCUGUUUUUAGCACACCGUGAUUCUGUUUGUGAGCGUGUGGGUGCGUGCGCUUGUCGUCCUGGUCGUCGCCACCGCCACCUUUUUUUUUUGUUUAAUACCCUGCUCUUCACACUCGGUCCAGCGCUUUAGUGGUUCAGUCUACUGCAGUGCUUGAUGAAAUCUAAUGGACUUACCGAAUUCGAGCUAAUUUUUUUUCCGGCCUUCCAAUUGUUUGGCCGUUUCGUUUGUUUUCUUAAUCGCUGUCUCUAUACGUCUGGAAAGUGUCCAUUUUGGAUUUAGUUAUCUCGUGACCACCGAAUGGAAAACAAAGCACCCUUCUCAUGCUUAACUACCAUGUGAUUAUAGUGGCAGAAGGCAAAGAAAAAAGAAUUCACGUCUGCGAUCGAGUUGGCGUCGACACGCACCUUAUGUGCGUACCACUGGUUUUCGGAUCGCCGGGAUAAACAACACCGACGCACACCAGCACGUACGAGUCGUUACGUUUAAACAGCAACCGACUAGCGUGGAACAUUGUUAUUUUGUUUGUUUUUUCGCCGCCCAGCAACGCACCUUGAAUGUGUUUACAGAAUAACUCGACUGACUUGUUGUUCCGUGUACUUUUGGUGACAGUUGAUCCUCGUAAUAAGCGACAGGAAACGUAACAUUCUACAAGCCACAAAAUGAUUGUGGUAGAUGAAAGUGAACCGGUCGGAGAGAUCGAGCCUCCCUUUGAAUCGCGGGAUGUCCAAAUUCGGCGCGGUCUAAAUGUCCGGGAUUUUUUCGAAAUGGAAGAAGAAAUUGGCCGAGGUAAAUUCGGAACGGUAUUCAAAUGUCGGGAAAAGAAGACGGGUCUUCGUCUAGCGGCCAAGUUUGUGCAAGCCGCCAAAAAGGCUGACCGGAUCAACGUGGAACGCGAGGUGGAGAUUAUGAAAUCGUUGAGAAAUCCGCGCCUUAUCCAACUCUACGACGCCUUUGACGACGGCAAGAAAGAGAUUUGCCUUUUGCUUGAGCUCAUCGAAGGGGGCGAACUCUUUGAGCGUGUGAUUGACGACGAUUUCGUCCUGACUGAAAGAGCUUGUGCCAUCUUUAUGCGCCAAAUAUGCGAGGGUAUCCAGUUCAUCCACCUUCAGCACGUCCUACAUCUCGACAUGAAGCCGGAGAAUAUCCUCUGCCUGACAAGAGCGGGCAACCGAAUCAAAUUGAUUGAUUUCGGACUUGCGCGGCGCUACGAUCCGUCCAAAAAGCUACAAGUUCUUUUCGGCACGCCUGAGUUUGUAGCUCCGGAAGUUGUCAAUUUUGAGCAAAUCGGCUAUGGCACAGACAUGUGGUCGGUCGGUAUCAUCGGCUAUGUUUUACUUUCGGGCCUAUCGCCGUUCAUGGGCGAGACGGACGUGGAAACGAUGGCCAAUGUCACCAUCGCCAAAUACGAUUUCGACGACGAGGCCUUCAACGAUGUCUCGGCCGAGGCCAAAGACUUCAUCUGUAAACUGCUAGUCAAACAAAUCUCGAAACGCAUGACAUCGACCGAAGCUUUGAGACAUCCCUGGCUGAGACCGCGACCUCCUCUUCCAGCACCUCUUCCACCUGUACAGCAUGUGGAACAGUCCUCGUCUACAGCUAGUUCUUCUGCAUCAUCUACUCCUACACCCACUCCUCCUAGCGAACAAGUUCCUAUCACGUCCAAUUCAUCUCCAAUAUCAGAAACUAAAGCGGCAAAUGAUUUAAGAAUGGCGCCAGCCGUCAUCGACAAAGAACCAGUCACAUCGUUUAUACCUACACCAAAAACUCCAACUACCGUGCCAAACAUGCAGGGUCAACAGGCAUCAUCGACAACCACAACAAAACUGGUGUCGACGACGGAACUUCGUAAUUGCGAGCUAAUCAAAUCAUCCAUGUCGUCAGCGAGUAACUUAGUCGUGCCUUCCCUGCCAAAUGAUGACAUUCGGAACGGCCAAUCGGUCACCCAUGUGGCAACCGUUGAAUCAAGGAGUUCAGUUAUGUUGCCGAACGCCUCUGAUGCUGAAACGGCCAAACCAUCUCAUCACGCAUUGACAAAUCAAACGUUAUCAUCAGUUCAAAGCACAGAUAACGUGCCGACCUCAUCUGCCAUAGCCGCAGAAGAAAAUAAGUUGAUACCAACCCCGGGUAUAAUUGAGGUUGAACCGUUGAAACCAUUAAUGCCAGAGCCAAGUAGCCAAGCCAUACCCCAAGACACUAUGUCGGCCCCAGUAGUAGCUCCAGCGGCAGUUCCACCAACUGAAUUUCCGGAUAUCCUGCAAGUGACAAAGGUUAAUUUAAGGCAGUUUGUUGAGCGCUGGAAUUCGCAAACCAACAGCCCCUUUCAGCUCAACUCGGACAGUCCGCGGAGGACAAUUUCUCUGCUGAUAACCGCCCCAUCGAUUGACCUAGAAGCUUCACCUGGGUCUCAGUCAGAGGAUUCGCCUACGCCGCUAACGGGAAUAUCACCAUCUUCUCCCAAUUCGAUACCCCCCUCUUCGGUCUUCACAAAUCCACCUACGAAUGUGUUAAAAUCUGAUAUUCCAACAGAAAGCACCGAGAAAGAGUACAAGUCGAAUCAUCCUUCGGUCACCGAGUCAAACGGCAAUGUCGACCGGAUAACUGCCCAGUCAGCAGCCGCCACUUCGAACGCUAACGUGGAGACAGCUAUCGAACAAACGUCCGCUCUGCUUAAAUCUGUUAAAGAUUCACUCAUCCGACAAAUAGAGAGCGGGACAGCCGUCCGGGAUAGAACCGGCGCUCGUGUCUGGGAUCGAAAAGGUGGUUCUCCAGUUCCUACUACUUUUGUGCAUCGACGGGCGCCCCAAGUGUCGUCCGUAUUCAAUUACGCCGUACAAAAAUUCGAGGCUAAGCAAGUUAAACAGCCACCUACAUUUAGAGAAUCUCAACUGUCGAAACCAUCGAAACCCCGAACCCCUCAUCACCCGCCGGUUAAACCUAACGAGCCCGCAGGGAGCACAGAGGAUUGGGAGGUCCAUCCACCGGUAGAAGCAAGAUCUUUUGGCUUCGCCAAACGGCACAAGACCGUCAACACUACGGUGGUAACGACGACUGCCUCAAUGCACACAACUACAAACUCGUACGCUAUGAAUAAUAGCUCUAAUACAGUUUUCAAAAUGGACUCCCACCAACCAUAAUGUUACACUUUUGAUAAUCUACAGAUGGUGUAUGAUUGUUGUUUUUGUUUGUACAUAAGGGACUGAUGGUUAAUGUUUUCAAACUGAUUGUUCAGUGAGUUACACGGCCUUCUGAGUUGUAUAAUCCCUAUACCGGUGACACAAAUUUGUUGGGCGCGACCAGGUGUGAGGAGCCAUUAUUGUUGAUGCAUUUUGUAUUGACUGCACUGUGCUGUACACCUUAGUCGAAAUCAAAUUUGACAUUAUGUUGUGACCUAGAAUUCAUGUACUACGAGAUUUAUGAAAAAGUAAAAAAAAAGUGUGAUGUCUGAUUUCAAAUAAAAUGUUAGCACAGUGGCCAACAUGUAACUAUA